CCAUGGCUUAAUCUGGGAGGGUCUGACUUCUGUUCACUAUGUGCCCAUCAUCUGUGGUGUCCACUGCCAGCUGCCCCUGUAAGAUCCCUGUCCUUGCUUUGAGUCUGCCUGUUGUGUAUCUGACUCUCCUAUAGUAGGGUUGACCCUUACUGGUCCUCCUGGGAGUCUCUUUUGUUCUAAGAUCUCCAACCAGACCUGUUCCCCAUGUCUGCUGCACCAGGUCUCCUGCACCAGGAGCUGUCCUGUCCGUUGUGCCUGCAGCUGUUCGACGCUCCUGUGACCGCUGAGUGCGGCCACAGUUUCUGCCGYGCCUGCCUGGGCCGUGUGGCAGGGGAGCCAGCAGCGGAUGGCACAGUGCUUUGCCCCUGUUGUCAGGCACCCACACGGCCGCAGGCGCUUAACACCAACCUGCAGCUGGCUCGCCUGGUGGAAGGUCUGGCACAGGUGCCACAAGGCCACUGCGAGGAACACCUAGAUCCUCUGAGCAUCUACUGCGAGCAGGACAGAGCACUGGUGUGCGGUGUUUGUGCCUCUCUUGGUUCACACCGCGGCCACCGCCUGCUGCCUGCGGCCGAGGCCCAUGCACGCCUCAAGACACAACUCCCACAGCAGAAGCUGCAGCUGCAGGAGGCCUGUAUGCGCAAGGAGAAGAGUGUGGCUGUGCUGGAGCAUCAGCUGAUGGAAGUGGAGGAGACAGUGCGUCAGUUCCGGAGUGCUGUUGGGGAGCAGCUGGGCAAGAUGCGGCUGUUCCUGGCUGCGCUGGAGGGUUCUUUAGACCGUGAGGCAGAAAAAGUUCGGGGUGAGGCAGGAGUUGCUUUGCGGCGGGAGCUGGCAGGUUUAAACUCUUACCUGGAGCAGCUGCGGCAGAUGGAGAAGGUGCUGGAGGAGGUAGCUGACAAGCCACAGACUGAAUUUCUCAUGAAAUACUGCCUGGUGACCAGCAGACUGCAGAAGAUCCUGUCAGAGUCACCACCACCUGCACGUCUGGAUAUCCAACUGCCUGUGAUCUCAGAUGACUUCAAGUUUCAGGUGUGGAAGAAGAUGUUCCGGGCUCUGAUGCCAGCGCUAGAGGAGCUGACUUUUGACCCAAGCUCAGCGCACCCCAGUCUCGUGGUGUCUCCCUCUGGCCGCCGUGUGGAAUGCUCAGAGCAGAAAGCGCCGCCAGCGGGCGAGGAUACUCGCCAGUUCGACAAGGCCGUGGCGGUGGUGGCGCACCAGCUGCUCUCCGAUGGCGAGCACUACUGGGAGGUAGAGGUGGGCGACAAGCCUCGCUGGGCUCUCGGCGUGAUGGCAGCGGAUGCCACCCGACGUGGCCGACUGCAUGCAGUACCCUCACAGGGCCUUUGGCUGCUGGGGCUGCGCGAUGGCAAGAUCCUGGAGGCGCACGUGGAGGCCAAGGAACCACGUGCUCUGCGAAACUCUGACAGGCGGCCUUCACGGGUGGGCCUCUACCUAAGCUUCUGUGAUGGUGUCCUCUCUUUCUAUGAUGCUAGUAAUUCCGACGCGCUCGAGCUGCUCUUUGCCUUCCACGAGCGCCUACCUGGGCCGGUGUAUCCCUUCUUUGACGUGUGCUGGCAUGACAAGGGCAAGAAUGCCCAGCCGCUAUUGCUCGUGGGGCCUGAUGGGGAGGAGGCCUGAGCCACCUGUCUGGGUGGGAGAGGGGUGCUGGGGUCCUGACCAUAGGAAGAGUCUCCUUUGUCAGGCCUGGAGGGACUUGGGUGGGGGGCGGGUGGCCAGGGCUGAAGACAGGGCAGAGGGGCUGGAUACUGGGGUGUCUCCAAAAGUUCUGAAAAGUAUGGGAGUUGGCAUAAACGGGAACAACUGAGAGGGAUUAGGGUGUCCUUGUGAAUGGGACCCAUAAGGAAGGGAGAUCCAGAGUCAGGUCAGUUAGGUAAUCUUUUUCUGGGGACCAGGAGGCCCAGAGUUCCAGGAAGAAACUGAGGUUGAGGGAGAAGAGGGAAUGCGGGUUAGAUUUGGUGAAGAUUGAGGUGAGAAGUUUGAGAAAUCUGAAGAAGGGGUGCCUGGAGCCUCACAUCCCACUCCUCUGUAAGGCCCUGGGGCAGGAGCUCUAGACUCCCCAAACCUGAAGACCUUUUACUUAGUGCUUGUUUCAGAUGGUCUUUUUCAAAUCAUGGAGUAGUGACUAGAUAAAACAUAGAUAGUUGAUAUUCUGAUGCAGUAGGUCUGAGGCAACAARAAAUUAUCACUUUUAAUAAGUUCACUGGGAAUCCUGAUGCUGCUGGUCACAGUGGGAUCACACUUAGAAGCACACCCUGCCUCUUUAGCCAGCCAUUAGUUAGAUCAAGUCAUAAGUCCAAAAUAUAUUCCUCCAUUCUACAGACAUUUAAAAACUGCCAGAGCCUUGGUGGGUAAAUAAGUCAAACUUCAACUUAUUUCCCUUUGCUUCUGGAAUGUCUUAGACACCGAGGAAAUCCCCCAGGUUGCCCACCAAGAGAAAAAACCUGAUGCUAGACCCUCUWUGGGCCCUGCUGCUUGUGGAAAAUAAAAGAUUCCCACUAGGGUUUACAGAAUUGGCCUCUCACUACUUACUUCUUGGUUCAUACCUUUAGUUUUAUCUCAGAGGCUGCUCCAGAGUAACCACUAAGGCUCAAGGUGAGUUUGCUGGAGGGAGAGGCCUUUGGGGAUUUGAGCAGGUAGGAUUGGAGGCUGCUCUACCAUUUAUCCAAAGGUGAUGGCCCUGAUCAUUCACUCUCACAGGCUAGAUCUGUCACUGCUGCUGUGUGACAGACAGAGCCUGGGGUCCCCUGGCUCCUGAAUCUGUGUGGGGAUUUUCUUGUUGGGGGCUGAUUAUGGGACUGAGAAGGUAAAAGGAGAUUGUGGGUGGGAUAAGAAAGACUUAAAGGGGGAAUACAUUUGAGUGUGUCUCUCAGAGGGAGGCCUGUAGACCUUGGCUUUGGGAGACAUGGAGGAUUAAUUUAAGAAGUUCUUUCAUGCUAGAAAGUAAAGCAAUAAAGUUAAAAGAAUUACUUGGKUGUAGAAUCCAGCACCAUUAAUAAAAACUAUUAUAAUCGA